AAACUAUAUAUAAAAAAAUCAAGCAGCAACAAAACAAUCGCUGUUUAUUAAAUAUACUUUUCAGUUUUCAUCAGUAAAAAAGCAAUCGCCGAAACCCAAAAAGAUCUGCAACUCUCCUUCUUUAUCCUGUACAACAAAAAUUGCAGUUCUUUGCCGCCGGCGAUUUAGUCGCAAUCGCCGUCCAAAGUCACCAACUCCUUGUAUCUCUCGCACAUACCCACGAAAGAAACCCUUAAAAUAAAAUCGUGUUAGCAGCCGCCGUACACUUUCUGUUUCGCCGCAGCUCAGCUGCUCAUCAGAUAUAAAAUGCAGACAAGGUACAUGGAAAGGACGAACUCGAUGAAAGGUAGAGGGAAAAGGAGUUUGGAAGGUGGGGAUGAUGAAGAGAAGCAGGAGUCGGAGAGAAAAAGACCGGCUCUAGCUAGCGUUAUUGUGGAAGCUCUUAAGGUGGAUAGCCUCCAAAAGCUUUGCUCAUCCUUAGAACCAAUUCUCCGAAGAGUGGUUAGUGAAGAAGUUGAACGAGCUUUGGCUAAGUUGGGCCCUGCCAGACUCGAAGGAAGGUCAUCACCUAAACGUAUCGAUGGGCCAGGUGGCAGAAACUUGCAGCUUCACUUCAAGUCCAGGCUCUCCUUUCCACUUUUCACCGGAGGGAAAGUAGAGGGAGAACAGGGUGCCGCUAUUCAUGUUGUAUUAAUAGAUGCAAACACAGGCCGUGCUGUAACAGCUGGACCAGAAUCUUCUGUGAAGCUGGAUGUAGUUGUUCUGGAAGGUGACUUCAACAAUGAAGACGAAGAAGGGUGGAGUCAAGAAGAGUUUGAUAGCCAUCUCGUGAAAGAACGUGAGGGAAAGCGACCUCUUUUGACUGGGGAUUUACAAGUCACACUCAAGGAAGGUGUUGGAACUGUUGGAGAUCUCACCUUUACAGAUAAUUCGAGUUGGAUAAGAAGCAGAAAGUUCAGACUUGGUCUGAAAGUUGCAUCGGGAUACUGUGAGGGUGUACGCAUCCGUGAAGGGAAGACGGAAGCGUUUGUUGUGAAAGAUCACCGUGGGGAAUUGUACAAGAAACAUUAUCCACCUGCUCUCAAUGAUGAAGUAUGGAGAUUGGAGAAGAUUGGGAAAGAUGGAUCAUUUCAUAAGAGGCUUAAUAAUGCAGGAAUAUAUAGUGUCGAGGACUUCCUUCGGCUUGUGGUCAGGGACUCUCAGAAAUUGAGGACUAUUCUCGGAAGUGGUAUGUCGAAUAAGAUGUGGGAGGCUCUCAUAGAGCAUGCAAAGACUUGUGUCUUGAGCGGGAAGCUUUAUGUAUAUUACCCUGAUGAUGCUCGAAAUGUGGGUGUUGUUUUUAAUAAUAUAUACGAGCUGAGUGGCCUCAUAGCUAAUGAUCAAUAUUAUCCAGCAGAUUCACUUUCUGACAGCCAGAAGGGUUAUGUGGAUAGCUGGGUGAAGAAAGCAUAUGAAAAUUGGAGUCAAGUUGUGGAGUACGACGGAAAAUCACUCUUAAAUUUGAAGCAAAUUACAAAUUCCAGCACAUCAAGAAGCGAUUUUACUUUAGGGCAGGUUGAUUAUUCUCCUCACUCAGUAGAUAACCAUCUUCUACCACAGAGAUUGCCAUUGUCAGUUCCCUCUGAACCUUCACCAGUUGAUCAGAGCAUGCUAAUUGGAGGUUUGGGCUACAACGACGACUUGACAGCUAGAUAUUCCACCCAACCUCAGCUUAUAAACUCCAAUUCACGCAACCAUUUCGAACUAUCCUCUUUCACCCAUAACAACCAGCCGAUCGACCAUACCAACCAAAUCCAAGAUCCUACAACAUAUGACAACAAGGUCGGACUUGCCCUCAGUCCCCUUGAAGACUGGUCAACCAACCACAACAACAAGGGCAUCGACGACUUUUUGUCCGAAGACGAAAUUCGCAUGAGAAGUCACGAAAUGCUCGAAAACGAAGAUAUGCAGCACUUGCUUCGACUUUUCAGCAUGGGAGGCAAUAAUGCCUCGGUUAGUGGGCCCGAAGAUGGAUUUAGCUUUCCUUCUUACAUGCCUUCACCUUCUCCAGGUUUCAGUUUUGGUGAGGAUAGAGCUCGUUCAGGUAAGGCUGUGGCUGGUUGGCUGAAGAUCAAGGCUGCUAUGAGGUGGGGAAUCUUUAUCAGGAAGAAAGCUGCUGAAAGGAGGGCUCGUAUCGUGGAGCUCGACGAUGAAUAACAACUUGGCUUGUGCGAGAAUAUAUUUAUAUAUUCUGUCGAAAUUCGAUGAUUUUAUGUACAGUUGCUGCCUGUACAGUAAGUUUGUUUGCUUAUUAUUAACGCUCGUUAUCAGCUUGAUUUGUUGCUUUACUUCCGUGUGUGUGUAUGUAUGUCUGAACAUGUUUGGUAAGUAUUUUUCCAUUCGUUUAGGAUUUUUCGAUGUUGACUUGUGGAGAAAAUGAAUUCUUCUGACACUUGUACUCUUAAUUUGAUAUUCUAUUGUAAUGAUU